AUGGGAAAGUGUGGUUUGCUUGGCAUCAUUGUGGCAGUCUGCCUUCUGCUAGAGGUUGGCAGGGGGCAAAGGCUGGAGCCAAGUGGACCUUGCACCUCAGAUGGAACACUACACAAGGCUCUUCAGAACAUCUCUUCAAAUUCUGUUGUCUCCCUAGAGAGUGGUGUUCACUGCCUGAGUGAGGCAGUACUGGUGAGUGGAGUUGACAAUAUCACCAUAGUUGGGCUGGACCAAACUGAUGUUGUCAUCACUUGCUCUGAUGGAGUCGGACUGAUGUUCCUCAAUAUAUCGGGUCUUACACUGAGGAACUUACAGAUCAUGGAGUGUGGAGUGACAGGAGAGACCUUGACACAGGCAGUGAGUCUCACUCAGGAGCUACUGCAGCUGUUUUUCAAAGUUCCCACCGGAACUCGAGUGGCAGUCUACCUGGCCAGCGUGUCUGGUCUGGAAAUGGAAGAUGUGGCUAUCACCAACACCACAGGUCUAGGGCUGGCUGGGAUCAAUGUAGUUGGAGAUUCCAGCAUCACAAACUGCCGUUUCUCCAACAACAGACAGGCGCAAAAGACGUGCUCCUUUGUCAACAACACAAACUACAUCAGGAACACUGGAGAGAGAAUUGGCGGAGGGGCAUUCUUUCUCUUUCAGGAUUUCGUUGACUCCAACAUCUCAACCUGCGAAAAUCUCGAUUUCUAUUCCCUGACAAUCACAAACAGCAGUUUUGUUGGUAACACCGAGUGCUCUGACCUGGCAGCAGUGGAGUUUAAUUAUCGCGACUCCCUCGAGGUUCGGGAAGCUGGGUACCCUAUCGGUGGAAGUGGAGGGAUCACCGCCAUAUUUGGACAAUCCUGCUUUGCUAUGAAUGUUACCACUGUCUCCACGGUCUUUGAAGAGAACUCGGCCACUUACGGCAGUGCAGCUCACGUGGGGAUCUUCCAGGGAGCGUCUCACUCAUAUGCCGUGUUUGACAACUGUUUGUUUACCAGAAACGGCUUCUUGUCGAGUGAAUUUGACCUCGACUUUCUCACAAGUGGAGGAGCGAUUGGCGUGUACAACGACCUAGUGUCACCUUUUCCUGAAGUACAAGUCUUCAUUCACGAGAGGAGGAUUGGGUUUGUAGCCAGGGACUCAAAUUUUACAGACAACGGUGCAAUAAACGGAGGGGCAAUUGAGAUUCUCUCCCUCGUUACCACAGCCGUUGCCGAUCUGACAGACAGUGCACAUUUCUUCAUCGAGGACUGUGUGUUCACCGGGAACAGAGCGACGCGAGGUGCUGCAGUCUAUAUUCAGGAGCUGAAACUCCAUGCCAGAGUACUAGGGAUCCAGGUGUUGGCCUGGAACAUCAAAAUCACAGCUAACAAACUGGAGACACUGGGAGAUAUUACCUCCAUCUCCAGCUCAGACAGCACCGCCGUAUUCGACGUGAAUGCCAUCAACGUCACGCUGGCUGGCGACUGCGUGUUUGAGGAUAACAUUGGCUCCGCGCUGCAGGGAACUAGCAGCAUCAUUGGCAUAGCUGGAAACGUAUCCAUCGCCAGAAACAUAGGGUUCUACGGAGCAGGGAUAAUUCUCCAGAUAGCAUUUCUCGUAAUUCUGCCGAGAUCCUCUCUGGAUGUGUCGAACAACGUGGCGAGGGUGUACGGUGGAGGUCUCUACGUGAACCAGAUCACCAGUUCCCCGAUCCCGACACUGUUUGAUUGUUUCAUGUACUUCAACUACGACCAGUUCUCCUUCUGUGACGACUGCAGCUUCAACACUAGCAGCUUCAGUGUCAGCUUCACCAACAACUCUGCCCUGCUGGCAGGGACAAUCUUUGGCUCGGCUCUGCUCAACUGCCCCUGGUCUCAACCUCUCAUUCUCACCUACAACACCAUCAACGUCUUGCAGAUACUCGACACCCAUUUCAGCCAUCUGUUCCAGUUUACCCCGGAUCCAACUGGAAUCCGAAACGUUCGCACUCCAGUCAGCAGAGUGUACAUUGAGAAUGGGAUCACAGAGUACAGUCUUGCUCCGGGGGAGGUAGCACAAGUCCCCAUUCGACCGGUGGACAGUCUGGACCAGAGCAUUUCAACCAUAUUGGGCUCCUUCGUAGAACUCUCCCAGGGUUUGUCUCAGACGAUCAUACCUGCCCUGGGUCCCAAUAUAAUCACUGGGUAUACUGCCAACAGCAAUCUCUCCACUUCUCUCGCAGUGCUGGGAGCUACCAAUAUCACAACCAACAUUGUAGUAUAUAGUCUAGACGUUGGCUAUCGACCAGCCCAGGUGGAUAUUCGUGUCAACUUGCUGGACUGUCCCGUGGGGUUUGAGUACAGGGAGACCACACUGCGUUGUGAGUGCAGCCAGGAGCUGUUGGAAAGAGAGGUUGAGUGUGACUCUACAAACCUUGUCCUGCGAGUCCCGACACAGCUGUGGGUUGGACCGGUGGACAGAUCUACAUUUGCAGUGGGGAACUGCAUUCGAGGUCUCUGUGAGCCAGGCGAUGCCAACAUCUCUGUGAGGAACAACUCUGUCAAUUUUGACCUCCAGUGUCGACCCAGUCUCAACAGGGGAGGUGUGCUCUGCGGAUCAUGUCUGGAUGGGUACACCAAUGUCUUUGGCAGUCCCCGAUGCCUGAAGUGCUCCAACAACUAUGCCGUCAUUAUUCUCCUGUUUCUGCUUCUAGGAGCUCUCCUGAUAGCGCUACUCGUGAUAUUCCCUGUCAACCUCUCCAGUGGCUACCUGAACGGAAUUCUGUUCUGGGCCAAUAUAGUCAGUCUGUAUGAGAGGAUCCUGUCUCCAAGUGAUGGCGGACCCAGAGUGGCUGUCCUGGCCAACUGGCUCACUCUGAACUUGGGGUAUUGA